ACAAUGGCGGAUGGAUUUUAUUGUAACUUGUUGAGUGGUGAAAUCGAUGGCGCAAGUUGGGAGGAUAGUCAAAAUUUUAGCCCAAUUGGAGAGCAACAAUCAUACAUUGAAGAACCUAUCGUCUCCUCGAGACCCACCAACAAGAGAUCAAAAAAUUUCACUGAGCAAGAAGAUGACUUGUUGGUACAAGCAUGGCUAAAUACCAGUUUGGAUGCAGCAAUCGGGAACGAACAAAGUCGUGAAUCUUACUGGACUAGGAUUCAUCAUUACUAUCAGCAGAACAAGCAAUUUGAAUCGGUGCGCAAUCAAAAUUCUCUUGCCAACCGUUGGGGUACUAUUCAAGAACAGGUUAACAAGUUUUGUGGAUGUUAUGACCGGAUUCAAAAUAGAAGACAAAGCGGUAUGACAGCGCAAGACAGGAUUGUUCAGGCAUGUACUUUGUACCAGGCGGAAGAUACUAAAGGGAGAUCAUUUGGAUUAUUGCAUUGCUGGAGAAUCUUAGAGCACCAUCCAAAGUGGACUUCUAGAUUAUCUCAGAAAAAACAAAAGACGGCCUCCAAUGCAAGUCCGGGUACUUCAUCUCCAGGUACGACCUCCAACGAUGAUGAAGUUGAGGCUUGUACUCCUGAACAUGAUCCAUUAAGAAGACCAAUUGGUAAGAAGGCCGAGAAAGAACGAUUACGACAAGGUAAAAGUUCUGCCUCUUCAGAUGGUAGUGCUGUCAUGUUAGCAUUGGAUAAAGUGUGGUCAAAAAAGAUUGAGAGGGAAGACAAGAAAGAGGCCAAGAAAGAUGCUCGCUAUGAGAGAGCACUUGCAAUGGAAGAAAAGAUGAUUGCACUUGAAGAAAGUAAGCAGGAAAUAGAAAGAAAGAAGGUAGCACUAGAACAACAAAAGCUAGAUCAACAGAGAAAGCAUGAUGAAGAGAGGAUUAUGAGCAUGGACAUUAGUGGUAUGAGUGGGCCACAACAACAAUAUUACAUGAGCUUGCAGGGUGAGAUCAUUGCUCGACGAUACAACGCAUCGGGUAGAGACUAUUAUGUUUUUUAGUUGUGCUAUUUGCAUUGUGGUAUGAACUAUUUGUUGUGCGAACUAUAAGUUGUGUGGACUAUUUGUGAAGGAUUCUAUCUAAUUUAGUU